AUGCGUGUAGUCUUCGCCUUGUGUUUCAUCAUUGUCAUCAUUUGCCUGAUCACUCCAAAUGAAGCUAACUAUAGAAAACCACCGUUCAAUGGGUCCAUUUUUGGAAAACGAGGAAAUAUUGAAUAUGACACGACUGGAAAAGCUAUGUCGGCGUUGUGCGAGAUCGCAUCCGACACUUGUCAAGCGUGGUUCCAGGCUUUAGAAAAUAAAAAAUAA